CUUCCUGAUUCCCAAUGUUCUUCCUCUAGGCCAACACUUUAUGUAGGGAAAUACUCUACCGGCUUAUACGCUUCGCCAUCAAUGGUACAUGAAGGAGUGGCUAUUAUGCCCCGGGGAAGUCCCAUUCCACUGAUAGAAGGCCCUAAAAUACAAGGAGUCACUAUCGAAGAAUGUGUGAUCACCCCAAGUACUGAUCUAAGGUUCCAGCCUGAAUUUAAAUCAAAGAAAGGACUCCAUUAUCUGAGGAACCACUGGCUUUUAAUAGGGCAUCAUGAGACCCCAUUAUCAGCCUCCACCAGGAUCCUGGAGAAAUUUCCAAGCAACCUGCCGAAACGUCAGGAAAAUGUGAUCCCAGCAGAUUCAGACAAAAAAGUUUUUGAAGAGGCAAUUAAUAUGGCUGGCAGUCCUGAGGAGAAUUUGCCACGCCCUGUUCCAGAGAACGCUGCCGAGACAAACAGCCAAACUACAACCCGACAAGAGGCUCCGGUUGAUUCCAUCUUGAAGAAUUUUGCCACCGUUCUCUUGAGCACUUUCCUGCUUGUUGGCUGGGUAGCCUUUGUUAUCACCUAUCCCAUGAGCAUGCACCAUCAGCAGCAGCGCCAGCACCAGCAAUUCCAGAAACAGAUCGAAGAGAAGCUGCAGUUGUUGAAGCAGCAGCCUUUCAGACCCCCCAUAGACCUUCCUCCUGAGGCAGAAACUCUGGAGGGUCCUUGUGCCAGGCAAGAUGGCUCAGCCACCAGCUCACCAAAUAUGUCGCCAAAGACGUCAAACCACUCUGCCUACUCCAACCUCUCUGCCUCUGACGUUGGAAGCUGCCUUUCCACCGAACCUGAAGGAGAUGGAAACUCAGGCACCAUUGUGGUUGGAAAGAUUUCAUUCCAUCCGAAGGACGUCCUUGGGCAUGGAGCCGAGGGCACCAUUGUUUAUAGGGGCACCUUUGACAACAGAGAUGUCGCUGUGAAGAGAAUUCUCCCUGAAUGUUUCAGCUUUGCUGAUCGGGAGGUCCAGCUUCUGCGUGAAUCUGAUGAACACCCGAAUGUAAUCCGCUACUUCUGCACAGAGAGGGACCGUCAGUUCCAGUACAUUGCUCUGGAACUCUGUGCUGCCACCUUACAGGAGUAUGUGGAACAGAAGGACUUUGGUCACCAUGGCUUGCAGCCAAUCACUCUCUUACAGCAGACCAUGUCUGGCAUGGCUUAUCUUCACUCUCUCAAUAUAGUCCACAGAGACCUGAAACCCACAACAUCCUCAUCUCUAUGCCGAAACGCCCAUGGCAAGGUGAAAGCCAUGAUCUCCGACUUUGGCCUCUGCAAGAAGCUUGCUGUCGGCAGGCACAGUUUUAGCCGCCGGUCUGGAGUCCCAGGCACCGGUUGGAUUGCUCCAGAGAUUCUGAGCGAGGACUGCAAAGAGAAUCCGACCCACACAGUGGAUAUUUUUUCUGCUGGUUGUGUUUUCUACUACGUGAUAUCAGAAGGAAACCAUCCAUUUGGCAAAUCCCUGCAGCGGCAAGCCAACAUUUUACUGGGCGCAUACAGUCUGGAUUUCCUAAAUCCAGAGAUCCAUGAGGACAUUGUUGCACGUGACUUGAUAGAGCAAAUGAUAAAUAUGGAUCCUCAGAAACGACCUUCGGCUAAUUGUGUCCUGAAGCACCCUUUUUUCUGGAGCUUAGAGAAGCAGCUUCAAUUUUUCCAGGAUGUGAGUGACCGGAUAGAAAAAGAAUCUCUAGAUGGUCCAAUAGUGAAGGAACUGGAGAGAGCAGGAAGAGCUGUGGUGAAGAUGGACUGGAGAGAGCACAUAACCGUCCCGCUUCAGACAGACCUUCGGAAAUUCCGCUCCUAUAAAGGGGCUCAUGCAGGCAGACUAAUGACAACAAUUUUAAAAUAUGGAUUUCUUAUCAACCUAAGUGAGCCCAUGCCUACCCUUGCCCCUUUCUUCCUCUGCUUACAGAAACAUCACUAUCGAGAACUGCCGCCGGAGGUCCAGGAGACCCUGGGAUCUGUCCCAGAUGAUUUUGUGGCCUACUUUACGUCACGUUUUCCUCAUCUCCUGCUGCACACUUACAACGCGAUGCGCAUCUGCUGCCUGGAAAGACUCUUCCAGCCUUAUUACAUGCAGAACUCGGCCAGGAAGAUGUCUCUGGGAGAUGCUGUUUGACAGUUGGAGUUGUCUUGCACAUUACAGGGCCGAGGCAUUCGGCCUGCCUUAGCAGGGUGACUUGACAGAACUGCAAAAGGGUGAACCAAAACCAAAGCAAACUCUUUUGAGACCCAGACGUCUCAAACGUGCCUUGUACUCUGCCUGCUGUGACUCAGGAAGAAAAUUCCAGGUUGAAUUCGAAUGGAAGGGAGAUGGGACAGUACCAGGACUCAGGUUUCUAAAGCAGGAACAAUCCAGAGGAGUUCCCAAUUGGGAAGAAAAAUGAGGCGGGGUAUUUUCCCCAUCUCACUUGUGGUUUCAAAGAGAACCCUGUCCUGUAGGGUCUUCUAAUACUGGCAUUCAGGCCUUUCUACUGCACAGAAUGGUGUUUUUUUUUAAGGGUUAAAACGAUAACAUUGCCAAGCACCUUUUGGAUCUCAGGAAGAGAAUCCUCUUAACUGUAGCAUGCUGUCUCUGUACCACUGCCAGCUUAUGUACUUGAAGCAGAUAGGAAAUAAUUUGGAAAGGGCAGGGGGGUGGGGUAGAUCAAACAUGCAUGAUGCAAUACAGACAUGUGCCCCCUCCCUCGCCACUGUCCCUGUCUCUGUCUCCAAAUACAUUUGCGCAGAUCUCAGCUUGUCCUUAAAAUCACAAUCGUGUGCAACUUCUGUGCAGCGCUACCAGCUUGCAGAUAUGGAAUCAUAGCGUUAAACUCUACAUACCUGGAGAAAAUUAUUAUUCCAAUGCUAUUUCAGGUUUCUUUUCAAGAAUGUGAGUAGUUAGCUGUGUA